CUCUACUCUUUUAUGGGUAAAGCUGAAUUCUUUUAGGGUAAGGUAAUCAGUAUCACUGACCCAAUGGAUUUAGAAUUCUUGCACACUCUUGAUGUUCAGAUUCUUGGGGCUGUAGCUGUGGCUAUUGUGGCCAUUGUUAUUGGUGCUGUCUUUCUCUUCUCCUACAAAAAGCCCAAAGGCUGCUUAGAUCCAGAAAAUUUCAAGCAGUUUAAACUUGUCAAGCGUGUUCAGUUGAGCCACAAUGUGGCAAAGUUCACAUUUGCACUUCCUACACCUACUUCUGUUUUAGGCCUUCCCAUUGGACAACAUAUAAGUUGCAAGUUCAGUUCUUUCCUUCUCUUUUUGUGAAUUUUUUAUGUUUGUCUGUAUCAAUCGUUUCUUAAUCCAGUGUUUUUAAGUAUUAACCAUUCAAA